AUGAUCAAUGACAAAGAUUAUAUAAUUGUUGUUGAAACAUCCAACAAAGCUAGAGAAUCCGCAUUAAGAAAAUCAAAAAUCACGCAAAUCAAAAAAUUCAACAAACUAAUAGAAGAAAAGAACACAACAAAUGAAACUGAUAUCAAUGCUUCAUCCUCUAUCGACAGAACAAAGUGGGUGAUCAACCUCUCAUCAAGGGAACUAAACUCUAAUGAGAUAAAAGUACUUGAAAAAGGACUAAACUUCAACGUAACAGUUAAUAAAUUAAAACCAGAGGACGUCAUUCCUAACAUAGAAGCAACACUAAACUCAAUAGAUAAGACUACAGCAGAAGAGGUUCGAGCACAAUGUGCAUUAACCCUAAAAAAUCAAAAGAAAACAAAAUCAAACUUAACAAAACCAGAAAGGGAAGCUUUAAUUAGUCUUAAACAGGAUAAAAACAUUGUCAUCGCUAAAGCUGACAAAGGAAACGCCACCGUAGUUUUGGAUAAAUCUGACUACAUCAAAAAAGUUACUGAACAUAUUCAAACGGGUCCAUAUGAGGAAAUUAAGAAGCCUGUAGAUACAAUAAUGAAUAAGGUUAAGAAAUCUACAGCGGAACUAAUACGCAGAAUGAAGCCAUCACUGGGUGAGUCUAAAUGGUUUAAUUUAAUGCCUAAAACUAAUAAUGCUAGUAGAAUAUAUGGUACUAUAAAAAUACAUAAGCCAGGUUACCCCAUAAGACCAAUAGUAGAUUUUAGAAAUACCCCCACGUAUGAAUUAUCAAAACACUUAGCUCUAAUACUUUGUCCCAUUAGAAAUCGUUCAAAAUCUAGAUUAACUAAUUCAUAUGAGAUGAAAAUAAAAUAA